GUCAUAAUCAUGUCGUGUGUGCGUGCUUCGGGUCACGGGGUUGGCUUUGUUUCAGAUAUCCGGCGGAUGAACGUUGCUCUUACCCGUGCGAGAAGAGCUCUGUGGGUGAUGGGAAAUGCCUCUGCUCUGAUGAAGUCUGAGGACUGGGGAGCGUUGAUCACUGACGCAAGAGCCAGGAACUGUUUUAUGGAAAUGGACUCUCUUCCCCAGGAUUUUCCAAUUCCUCAAGCACCUAGUUAUAAUCCCAAGGCAACUAGUGCAAGAGAUUUCAGAUCAGGUGGACCAAGAAUCGAAUCUUUUGAUAUGCAAACUGAAUCCAGGUCGAGGACAGCACCACCAGAAAAUGAUGAGAAGUUGAAGACAUCGACAUUUGCAAAAAGUGAUCAUUUUCAAAGGGACAAAUCACUGGAUGAUGAUUUUGAUAUGUCUGGGGAUAAGUAUAGGAAUUCCUGGCAGCAUGGGAAUCAGAGGAAGCAAAAUUUUGGACAGGCUUUGGCGAGAAGAGACUAGUUAUCCUCAAAUUACAUUUGAUUUGAUAUCUGGAGGGGGUAGACAUGAAGUCUGCUACAGGGUAACAAUAUUACGUCGAAGCUGCACCCUUCAGACGUCCAGAUCAUAGGCCUUCACACUGAAUUUACGUUGAAGCUGCAUUUGUGUCUCAAU